GAAAGGUAAUUGAAACCAACAUAAAGCUCCUCCUUAAUUAUUCUAAAAAGGUAGAUCCGAUUAUUGCUGACUUAAGCAUCAGAGUGUCUACCCCAAGAACCCACCUCGGGGCUUUGCAGGUUCAUCCGAAGUGAAGAUGCAGACUGAAGAAGGACUUUUGGCUCAACCUCUUGGACAAGGUCAAAGUCAACCCCCUAACAACCUUCCACUUCACCUCCCACCUCCAAUCUUGAAUCUAUUCCCUUCUGUUGACCGAGCAGAGGGUGGAGAUGAAAACCAACCUCACAACUCAGCUCACAACUUAACUUCCAUUGCUAAUCAAGACAUAGUUACAGCUCAACUUGCUGCCAUGCAACAACAGUUUGGUGUCUUCCAGUUAGUUUUGGCUCAGCUUCUAGCUCGGAAUAAUCCUGGUGAUCCUCUCAUCAAUCUACUCAACCCUACUCAACAACCCCCUGUUCAGUCUCACGUAGCCCCAGCUCAACAACCUCUACUUGAUGAUGUCACUCGACGUCUGGACAGUUUAGAAAAACUGGUAGCUGAGCAGCGAGGCGCCCCACCUCCACAUCAUAACACAGAUUUCAUACGUCAUCCUCUGAACAUUAACAUCAAAUUGGAACCUUACCCUAUCAGCUUCAAGAUACCUCAACUUGAGACAUAUGAUGGGACGAAGGAUCUAGAUGAUCACCUCCAUGCCUUCUACUCCUGUAUGCAAGCUCAAAAUGCUUUUGAUGCAUUGAUGUGCAAAAUCUUUCCUUCCACUCUCUGUGACAAUGCUCGAACAUGGUAUUAUAGUUUGCCCCUAAGACCUAUCAGCUCCUAUUCAGAAAUGGCAUCUGCUUUUGCCACAAAGUUUUCCAGUAGAAGAUUAAUUAGGAAAACCACUUCUGAACUGAUGCGAGUCAAACAGAAGGAAGGAGAAUCUUUGAAGAAUUACAUGAGUCAGUUCAAUGAUGCAGUCCUCGAAGUCAGCUCAUUCAACCAAGCCGUGGGAAUUGCAAUUGUAAUUCAAGGUCUCCAACAUGAGAGAUUUAGAGAUAGCUUAAUCAAGCAUCCUGCUGCUACUUUUAAUGAAGUCAACGACAGAUCAUUGAAAUUCAUAACUGCUGAGGAAUAUGCCCUAUCACAGAAACCAGUUCUUCCCAAGAGUCAAAAUCCAGAUUGGAGAGACGAGGGUCAAAGCAGAAAGCGAAUGAAGACAAUGCAAAACCGAGUUCCAAUGUCAACCUUUGCAGUGAGAUUCAGAAAGUCGAACUCACUACCCCCUCAGCAAAGUAUCAGUAAAGCGCCAGUUACUUGGACCCCUUUCAAUCUAUCGAGAUACUGUGAUUUUCAUCAAGAUCAUGGUCAUACAACGGAGCAAUGUAAUAGCCUGAGGUUUGAGUUGGAAAGUUUAGCUCAAAAAGGAAUGCUAAAUGAAUACAUCCAAAGAUCCGAGCAACCGAAGUUUGUCAGAGAACAAGGGCCACAAUCGCAAAGAUCUCGUAACGCAAGAAAUAGCCAAGGAAUGGGAUAUCAACAAGCCCCACCACCGCUUCCACCACCAACUAGAAUUAUACACACGAUCACCGAAGGAUUGGAAGCAAGGGAUUUGAGCUCCAAGCAAAGAAAAUUGUAUUUCAGAGAGGUGAAGCAUCAAAACCGAGCCCAGAAACGAAAGUUUGAUGACGUUGACUGGAAAAAUCAACCAAUCACUUUCACAUCUGUUGAUUUUGAUACAGUUGUCACACCUCACAAUGAUCCUUUAGUCACUUCCAUCAUGAUUAACAACUGUGAGCAGACAUGCCAGGGAUCCCAACCUCAGUAUCUCAACACUAAUCUACUAAAGAAACCAGUAGCCCAGAAGCAACGUCUCUUUGGGGGGGAGAGGCUUCAGGUUAUAAAAGAAGAGGUAGAGAAGCUCUUACAAGCUGGUUUCGUCAAAAGAGUUGAUUACUGUGAAUGGGUGGCUAACCCGGUGCCAAUGGCUUCGAAAGAUGAAGAGAAAACCUCGUUCUAUGCAAGUAAUGAAAUUUACUAUCAUGUCAUGAUGCCCUUUGGCUUAAAGAACGCAAGUGCCACUUACCAGAAAAUGGUAACCAUUGUCUUUCGAACUCAGAUCGGUAGGAAUCUGAAGGUUUACGUCGAUGAUAUUGUAUUGAAGAGCCUAAAAGCAGAAGACCAUCUAGCUGAUCUCGAUGAAACAUUCCACAACCUCAGAAAGAACAAGAUGCGAUUAAAUCCAGCCAAAUGCAUCUUCGGUGUGGAGUCCAAGAAAUUUCUAGGCUUCAUGGUUUCUCGAAGAGGGAUUGAGGUCAACCCAGAAAAGAUUAGAGCAAUUGCUGAGAUGGAACCGCUGAAGUCGGUGAAAGAUAUACAGAGAUUAACUAGAAGGGUGGCAGCUCUUCAUAGAUUCAUAUCGAAGUCAGUAGAUAAGUGCCUGCCAUUCUUUAAGAUCAUGAGGUUAGCAGUCCAGAAGGAUGAAUCUAGCAAACAGAAGAAGUUUAAAUGGAACCAAGAAUGCCAAGCUGCAUUCGAUGAGCUGAAGUCUUAUCUUAGCUCUCCACCUCUACUGACUAAGGCCAUAAAUGGAGAAAUUCUCUAUUUAUACCUCGGUAUUUCAGACGAAGCAAUUAGUUCAGUUUUGGUGAGAGAAGAAGGCAAACAACAAAAACCAAUUUAUUAUAUUAGUAGCAUGUUGCACGGAGCAGAACUGAGGUACCCUAUUGUUGAGAAAGCAACACUAGCAGUUGUCACUUCGGCUAGAAAGCUGAGGCCAUUCUUCCAGUCGCAUCCAAUCAUUGUCCUCAUAGACCAACCUCUUCAAUAGAUCCUUUAGAAGCCAGAGUGUUCCAGAAGGUUAAUUAAGUGGGCAGUAGAAC